CCUCGCAUUAUUUCUUGUACUAAACAAUCCUCAACUCCUUUAUUAAUUGCUAGCUUCAAUUCAUCUCUCUCUCUCUCUCUCCCAUGGCUUCUUCUCUUUUGCUUUCACCUGCCAAUACCUGUGCGAAGAACGUGAUCAAUGUUCCUCGUUAUUCUUCCGAUGAGUUGUGCUCUCUUCCGGCUGUUAAACUCAUUGGUAGAACCAGAAAGCAACGCCGCCUCGUUGUUUCCAACGUGGCUAGCAAAAUGGCGGCUGCCGGCGCCACCGUUGCUUCGCCUCCAGAGGUGAAGGAGCGGAAGCUGGCGGCGUGGACUAGCGUCCGGCAAGAGAGAUGGGAAGGAGAGCUCGUUGUUGAAGGUGAAAUACCCAAGUGGCUGAAAGGCACGUACCUAAGGAACGGACCAGGUUUAUGGCACAUAGGCGACUACAAUUUCCGGCACCUCUUCGACGGCUACGCCACACUAGUCCGCCUAUCCUUCAACCACGGCCGCCUAACAAUGUCCCACCGCCAAGUCGAAUCCGACGCCUACAAAGCCGCCAAGAAAAACAAAAAGCUCUGUUACCGCGAAUUCUCCGAGGUCCCCAAACCGGACAACUUCCUCUCCUACGUCGGCGAGCUCGCCAGCCUCUUCUCCGGCGCCUCUCUCACCGACAACGCCAACACCGGCGUCGUCAAACUCGGCGACGGCCGCGUGGUCUGCCUCACGGAGACGAUCAAAGGGUCGAUCGUGAUCAACCCGGACACGCUGGAAACCGUCGGGAAAUUCGAGUACGAGGAUUCUCUGGGGUGUCUUAUCCACUCGGCCCAUCCGAUCGUGACGGAUAGCGAGUUCUUGACGCUGUUGCCGGAUUUGAUUAACCCGGGGUACGUUGUGGCGAGGAUGGAGCCGGGUUCGAAUGAACGGAGGUUCGUUGGGAGGGUUAAUUGUAGAGGGGGGCCGGCGCCGGGAUGGGUUCACUCUUUUCCGGUGACGGAGCAUUAUGUGAUUGUGCCGGAGAUGGCGCUUAGGUAUUGUGCGCAAAAUCUGCUCAGGGCUGAGCCCUCUCCUCUCUAUAAGUUCGAGUGGCACCCUCAAUCUAGAGCUUUCAUGCAUGUCAUGUGUAAAUCUAGUGGCAAAAUUGUGGCAAGUGUGGAAGUUCCAUUGUAUGUAACGUUCCAUUUCAUCAACGCAUACGAGGAGAGAGACGAAGACGGAAGGGUAACCGCCGUCAUCGCCGAUUGCUGCGAGCACAACGCAGACCCAACCAUCCUAGACAAGCUAAGGUUGCAAAAUCUCCGGUCAUACAACGGCGAAGACGUCUUGCCGGAUGCAAGGGUUGGGAGAUUCACAAUACCAUUGGAUGGGAGUCCCUAUGGGAAGUUGGAAGCAGCCUUGGAUCCAAAUGAGCAUGGCAGAGGUAUGGACAUGUGCAGCUUUAACCCUUCAUUCUUGGGCAAGAAAUACAGAUAUGCCUAUGCCUGUGGUGCUCAGAGGCCCUGCAACUUUCCUAAUACCCUCACAAAGAUUGACUUGGUUGGGAAAAAGGCAAAGAACUGGUAUGAUGAAGGCUCCAUACCCUCCGAACCAUUUUUCGUGGCUCGCCCCGGUGCAACGGAAGAGGAUGAUGGAGUGGUGAUCUCGAUGAUAAGCGACAAGAAUGGACAAGGAUACGCCCUAGUACUAGAUGGAUCAACAUUUGAAGAAAUUGCAAGAGCAAAGUUUCCCUAUGGUCUGCCUUAUGGACUGCAUGGAUGUUGGGUUCCAAAGAAAUAAGGAGCGAGUUAUAUGGACCAAUAUAAAAUGAAUAAGAACCUGCAUCAGAUGAUACAUAUAUAUAUCAUGAUUAUGUAUGUAUGUAUGUAUAUAUAGCGUGCCAUGUAAUAUUCAGCAAAGAAUGUAAUAGCAUGUAGGCAUAUUCUUUAAAGCAUAAUGUAUGUCGAACUAUGAGCAGUUAAUGAAAUCGAAGUUUCUAUGAUUGUGCAAUA